UGACGCUCCGAGUGGACACUACGGUUUUAUUCGAAAAGAAAAAUCCACGAUUACGUGCCCGCGACUUGACAGAUCCCUAUUCAGUGUCUUAUUACUCGUAAUCACUCGUGCACUUAAAAAACUCCGCGCAAUUAUUUAUACUGAAGCAUUUGUUAUCCCGAGAAAAAAAAAUCUACGCCGACAAUUGUGCCUCGAGCGACGGAUUCGAGAGAAACUGGCGCCAAAGGAUCAUGCCGCCCAGAUAGAAUCAGUGAGUGCGGGUUUAUUAUUUAUUAGUUACUUGAUUUUUGGUUGUCGUAGAAAGUUCAUCGGCUUAUCGAAAGGAGUAAGUGAAUGAGUUUCGUGCGUAGGGUGAUGUGUGCGUGUUGGGCGAAAUAGUGGGGUUCAAUAAAAGGCGGGGUAGAGGUAAAAAAAAAAGUGCUUUUCUGCAAACAGAGGAACAACGGGGGAGGAAAAAAAAAAGUAGUCGAGAAAACGUUGAGGGAAAUACAGGGAGAUCUGUCAGUGUGUAGCCGUUAUCGAUGUCGAUUUAUUCUUCCUCGGUGCCGAUAUAUACAAUCCCAUUGUAACGCGCGAAAUCGAGAGGCAAAAGUGAAUGCUGAGGUGUUUUUUACGCCGAAGGAGAUUAUUUUUUUUUUCAAGUGUUUGUGGAUGGUGGGGGGAAAUUGUACGGUGUUUACGGUUGUUUGGUGCAUGACAAUCAAGUCUGGGACCCCCGGUUAGGGACAUGUCCAGACUGAGGAGCAGACCGGUGGACGGUUAUGUCACUAAUCGGAAUGUCCAUUGGUUAUAACCUAUGCGGGAUUAUCGUCGGCAUUUGAGGGCCAGUUUUAUGUGCAUUAUUCACGGGGAAUAGGGAUUAUACGGGCCACAAGGAGGUGACAGACUAACUCACACACUUCCACAAUAAUCCGGAAGUCAUAUGCCCAUUCACGCUCGUAAAACGCGGGCAGCCUGCGAGGAAAUAGAAAUGGUUGAGUUGAGCGGAAGUGGUCAGCCUGGCGUUAUGCAGGUUGGGCAGAUGAAUACAAGUGGAAUGUCAAGCUUAACAUCAGCACCAACAUUGUCCUCAUCGUCAUCGUCAACAGCCGCUUCCUCAUCAACAUCCGGUCGCGCUGGUGUACUUGAGACUCAAGUGCGGGGUCAAUGGUAUCGUGUCUUCGUAUCCCUCGAGGACGACUAUCUCAGUAUAUCGUUGGACGAGAGUUGUGAGAAUAUACUGACUGGAAAUGGUGGACCUCUCAACGGUAACAUCAACAACAACAACAUCGACAGUCUCAACGAUCCAGAUGUGCCAGACUCAGUGGCUAAUCAAAAACGCAUUGUUAGAGUCGUCAAGAGUGACAACAAUGGUCUCGGCAUAUCGAUAAAGGGCGGCAAGGAGAAUAAAAUGCCAAUACUAAUAUCCAAGAUAUUCAAGGGCAUGGCAGCUGAUGCUACUGAACAACUCUACGUUGGUGAUGCUAUUCUCGCUGUCAACGGUGAAGAUCUUUGCGAGGCAACACACGACGAAGCUGUUAAAGCACUCAAACGGGCAGGAAAGGUCGUCGAACUUGAGG